UCUCUCUCUCUCUCUCUCUCUCUCUCUGUAAAUUUCUCUUUCAAAACUUCUCUCUCCCUUUUUUUUCUCUCCCUUUUUCUGUUUCAUCUGAUCCGCUUCUGGCACAGAUUCCGGCGACGACUAUUUUGUUUCUCUUGAUAAAAUUUCAGUUUUUUUUUUAUAUAAUAAAAAAACUGGAAUUUUCUCAUUUACCGUUUUACCCAUCUGCAUUUUUUUUUUUUACUUUUACUUUUUACCGUCCCAUUAUUAUCAGCUUUCUAGCCGGUAGAUUUGGGGUCGGGGAGCUAACGUGGCAUGCACCCGAAAGCCAACCAUGAGUACCAAAACGAUGCGUCCCCCUCCCCGUCGUGUUUUGACGCCAAACAAGCGGAAAGAAAGAGAAGAAUUUGACGCCGUUAGACCGCCAGCAGCAAAAGCAUUCAAGCCAGAUGCUCUACGAGCCGGCUUCAACAAAGCCGCCGUAGUACAGGGCCCAUCCAAGAACCGUAUCCUAGCCGGUUACUUGGCCCACGAGUUCCUCACCAGGGGCACGCUCUUCGGAGAGACGUGGGACCCGGCUAGGGUUCAGGUAGCCGAGCCGAGAAAGAAUAUGCAGCCGAGCCAGAAAGCCGAAGCCGAGAAAGGGGAUGAGGCGAGGGAGCGGAAGCGUCAGGGGUACGUGGAGGUAGCUUAUGUUAUGCGGGCAGAUGGGACCCACUUGCCGGGCAUCGUCAACCCUGCCCAGCUCGCUCGAUUCUUACAACUGCCGUGAGGUGGUGGUUAUUAAGGGGUUGGUUUUGUACACGUGGAGCGAUAUUAUUGGUUUUCAUUUCCUCCACCCAAAAACAACCGUAGAAGAGAUCCAGGCCUUCUUCUUUCUUCUUUGUAAGUUUCCAUAGUAGUGGUGGUAACCAUCUCUCUGUAUCCUUUUUUUUUUUUUUUUUUUUUUUUUUUUAUCCGAUAUUGUGCGGGGAGAUUUUUCUUGACUGGUACUCUGAGUCAGGUUCUUUCUCGCCUGUUUUGUUAUGUGUAUGCAUGAACCAUGCAUACAUAUAUGUCAUUGUACGAUCAAUAUUGGGAAAAAGAAAAACUCGGAAUGUUCGUUGCUCAGAAUCAUUGAAGAGAAGGAUUUUGAUUUUUUUAUUUUAAAGUCAUUAAUUCGAUUGUUUACUAUUCUUUUUCUUUCGUUCCUGCACGCGAUUUACACAGAAACACGCGCAUAUUUAUGUAUAUGUAACACAUAUAUAUAUAUUUACAUUUUGCCGAGUCCCGGAUAUGAAUCUGAUUACAAGUCAUACACUGCUGUUGUUGGAAGCAUUAAUUGAUGGCUCUCUAUUUUGCAUGCGUGAGUUAUAUUCUGGUUCAGCGAUGGCGGUAUCUCCAGCCUGUCACGGUUUCGUUUUCGAGAAUCACGAUAACACAAUGGGGCAAAAUGAAUGUAUUACAGAGAGGUAUGUUGUCAGUUAGUAGAUACUCUCGAUGCUCGGUU